AUGUCGGGUGAGAUGAUUAAUGAGAAAGAAAUAAACAUCUCAGUAGAUCCGAUAUCUAUGAAACAAGUAGUAGUCCAAAAUCCUACUGCGGGAGUACCUAAACCCAAAACCGUCAACAAGUCAUUGUCUCCGCUACCAAAAAAGAACAAGUUUCUUAGCGCUAGUCUACCGAAUUCUGCUUGUUCAUCCCCUCGUGGGCUUAUUCCAAAGACAAAAGGCAAAGGUCGUGAUCAAGCACUAGAAAAAGGUUCACCCAAUUCGCCUUCAUUGGAGUAUCAACACUCCGUGGCUCUCUCUCGUCUCUUUUGGCUUCGUGAGAAUCGUUUGCAAAGAAGUAAGUCUUGCGGCGAAGGGAGACCUUCCGUACAAUAUGAUGAGUUUGACCUCUGCCAGACUAUCAGCAAAACUAGCAGUAUUAGUGCUAGCGCUGAUAGUACACCCAGAGGUCAAACUACACCUGAGGGUGAGUAUAGAAGAUUCAUCCAACCAAAGAAACAGAACGAAGAAGAUUUUAAAUGUGGAACUUUGUGCUUGUUCUUGCCAGGGUUUGGCAAGGGCAAGCCGGUGAGAAGUAAAAGGGACGAACGAGAGGAAAUGGGUCACGUGAUCUCCCAUAGGGUGUCCCUUGAGAAAUUUGAAUGCGGAUCUUGGAGGUCAUCCGGGAUUCUGAAUGGAGGGAGUGAUUUUUCAUCCAACCUUUAUUUCGAUCUGCCAAUGGAGCUUAUACAAACAAGCGGAAAUGAUGCUAAUUUGCCCGUGAGUUCGGCUUUUUUGUUUGAUAAGGAUGUGAAAGGAGUUCUUAAGACGAAAGGAGGGGGAGAUCAAAGAAAGCCGACAAACGAUGGUCGUCAUGUACGCUUUUCAACAUCUUCACCUACAACAUCACCAUCUGCGUGCGCAAUGCGCAAGGCACGAGAUGACUUCAGUACAUACUUAGAAGCUCAAAAUGCUUAA